AUGGAUUCCGAAACAUUCACCGUUGAGCAAGGAUUUCAUCUCUUUGCUCUUCACCACAAGUGGGUGAUUUUUCCAUCAAGAAAUCAAGAAAUCUCACUUUCUAUAAUUAUUCAUGAAAGUCUUUCUAAAUUUAUCUAUAAACAUUUCAUUCAAAUCAAGUUUAUUUUUAAUUGAGGAAUGAAAUCGAAGUGAGAAAAUCGAAAGGAGAGAAAGAUUUGCUCUAGACUUAUUUGUGUUGCUCAUACACCUUAGUGCAAUAUUUUUGUGAAGCUUCAUAUUUUUUUUACUUCUUAGUCUAUGGAAAAAAAGCUUGAAAAAAAAAAUCUUUUUUUUUUGUUUCUUUUUUUCUUUUUUUCUUUUUGAUAGUUCAAACAAUAAAUUUGAUAACACUAUGGUAUAUAUAUUUCACAAGGGGUGUUCGAGCAGACAAGGAACUAUUUUUUUCGCAGGCAAAAGAACAAUUGUCAACUGGAGGUGGUGCUGGAACUGUCAGCUGCCGUGUGUGAGCCGCAGUUCCGAGCCGGUGAAUGGGUCGUGCCAUGCGAUGUUGUGGGGUUGGACAGCAAAAAAGCGAAAGUCGUCAAGGUCAGCUCGGAAAAAAAAACAUGAGGAGAUUGAGAAAAACGUCUUCAGAUCCGUUUCCAUCCGUCUGUUGAAGAACUCAGUCGUGGGGACAAGGCUGUUCGCGAGGCCGCUUUUCGUGAUUCUCUCAAGGUUUGUUCCUGGAGAGCUGCCUUCGAAUUAUGCUAAUGGAACGCAAUUUGGGAGUUUUCAUAGUAAAAAUAAAGGAGUUUGGGUUCACUUUUGCACACCAGGAACCAAUAAUGAGAAUUUUUCAAAAUUAAAGGCUGAAAUGACCUUGAAUUUUUUUCUUAUCAGGGCAGGGUGCUUUUUGGCCUGACUAACAAACUUUGCGUUCUUCGAAACUGGGAACAAUGCAUUAAAAUAAAGAUUUUGGAAGUUUUAUUUUUAUUAAAUUUUUAUUCUAUUUCAAAGAAAGUAUUAAUUGCUAGUAUUCUAUUUUUUUACUGGAUAUAGUCUGUUCAAAAAAAUUUUUCUGAGGUGUUCCAAACGUUUGAAUAUCUAUAGCUCGAAGUUCAAAGAAAAAAGGUCCUUCAAGUGCCCUCGUCAGGAUUUUUAAACUGACUAUAUUCCUACAAAUUCAGUUUCUUUUGCACAUUAUGCAAACUCGUCCGAAAGAGUUUGCCUUUUUCCCAUUCUCACGAUCUUUUUUUAGUACAUCGACGACCUUCUGGAAGACUCUGUUUGGACAAGAAAGGAAAUCGACGUGAAAGACCGUUUUGAGGAGUUCGUCGAGAAGAUUGCUACCUGUCUAACUACAAAUCGUGCAGAACUUUUUUUGACAGACGAUAGGUAAUUCCUCUGCUGUACGAAGAUCGAAUCCACGAUUUUUUUUUUGCAGAUUAGAGCUGAGUUGGUUCUGUAAAUGUGGUGAAAACUUAUCUCCUGCGUGCAAGUCUGACUACGAGGCUUUGAUGGGCUACAUGGCCCUCAAGUCGUACAGCCACGCAAUAUCCACUCAUGUCUAUGGUUUAUUUGAGAACCUUCGAAGUUAUCUUAUGCAUGAAUUGAUUCAAGAAGAAGCUGAAAAGACCUGCGCCGAGUUGCGUUUUGGCAAAAACGAGAAGAAUCGAGUUCUUUCCAAGAUCUUCGUUAGUUCCGGCACUCUCUCUGAUGGAACUUUUGAAGAAGCGCUUCAAGUAUCAAAUUGGCUGUUUUCUUUGAAAAACCUCAUUUUUUUUCAGAUGAACGAAAAUGUUUUGAAAUGGACUAUUCCGAGAAAUGUAGAUAAUGUAAAACUUCCUGUUAAUAUUCAAGUGUUUGUGGGCGACGGAAAAACGAGAAAAGAAUUGGUAAGUUGAUAAGAAUGUUUUCCAAUCGAAUUCAAAUGGGCUAAGAAAGUUAAAUAAUUCAGAAGUUUAAUGUUCCAAUUUCUGCGUGGCUGUUUAUAAUAGCAUAGACGUACUUUUGAAGCAAAAAGCCAUACUCAAUGAUUUUCGAGAAAUGAGAAUUUUGCGUUUUUAAGGACUCCAGCAAGGAAUUUGAGCAUGAGAUGAAUAGAAAAAAAGAAAACGCAUAUAGCCGCGGAUCGUAGUUUGUAAAUCCUAUUUUUGUAUCUUCGUUAGGUAAUCGCGUGCGUGGUUGCCAAUACAAAUUACAUUCUCAUUUUAUUAUUGCCAGAUUAUUUCCAAGCCACAAAUUGACGUGACUGUGCUGAAAACAUCUCUGGACGCCUCCCUUUCGGAACAAACGCGCUGCAAGGCUCUCAAAGACUCGCCACGCAUUCUGAGCCUUAUUCGUCCCCCUGGAGGUCAAGACGAAGAAGUUAUCGUUGAGAUGACCGAGGUUCAUAUUUCCGGAUCUGAUAACACGAGGAAUUUUUCUCUUCAGCCUGAAGAGAUGCCAGUUCUUUCUCGAGUUCUGAUCGCUGCCUCGGAGCCGCUCAACGUCAACUGCGACGUCUUCAGCUCGGACACCGAACUCGCUUCUUCUCCUGCAGAGUCGAUGGAUUCCGGGGUUUCUCUUUCUCCUUUGGGCUCUCCCUGCGGAAAGAUCUACGCCAGAGGUAAUAUUUUCCAAGAAAUUCCUUAAAACAUUCAGCUUUUAGAUGAGUAUCUCCGUGAACGGUCUUUCAGCGAAAGUAUUUGGUGUUCCAAUGGGCUUAAAGGUAUAUUGAAGAAACCGAAUCGCUGGGAUCGACUUGCUCGGUAAUUCAUUCAGAAAUCUCAAAGGAGAUAAUUCUGUAGGUCGGUUUCGGAGUGUCAUGAUGGGAACUCCUCGCACGAGUUCCUCUCCCGUUCUCCGACUUUCGAAGCGACCGACGAGGAAGAAGGUUACCUUCAUUCAUUUUUCAGUUCAAAUUCAAUCCUGAUGAUUUUUGAUUACUGUUAUAAAAUUCAAAGAAAGGAAUUAUCAGACAGUUUUUUUUUUGAAUUUCAGAGUUCAACUACAAAAAAACAUUGAGUUAUUUCUAGAGAAAGACGAGGGUCGUAGAAAGAAGCGAGUCUCGUUCAGCAGCACAGUCCAGGAGCGCAAAUUUCGUAUCGGCCAAUGCAUCGGUAGUCAGAAAAAGAAGAACCAGAAAAAGAAGGAGUCGCGUCUGCGCAAAGAGGAGAAGCUCCGCAAGAACAGCGACGGCUGCGACACCUCUUGCGACGAGGUAUUGGCUCUUUCAGUUGGGAAUAUAUCAAAAAUUGAGUCAUUUAGUUAACGAUUCUGAAAAAUUAACCUCUACGAGAGAGAUUUUUGUUGAAAAUUCGAGAAAAAAUUUUAUUUAUUGUAGGGAAGCUGCGUGAACCUGUCGAAAGAGGACCUCGUGUUCGAAGACGCCGAGAAGCCGGCUCGCAAGUCGAAGCACCUCGACAGCGGCUUCGGCGACGACGACGACGACGUUCCCGAGAAAGAGUGGCAGAACGCCGUUCGCCGCGUCCGCGCCGCCAGUCACUAA